GAAGUUCAUGGUUGCUCCAAGGUGGCCAAUUCAAAAGGAUCAGCCCUCAGACAGUGCAAUCUUUGAGGGCAUCAACCUAGGUGGAGGUUUCCAUGGAGCUCCAGGGGAAGAGAUAUCCUCUAACCCCAGCCUCCCUAGUCCUAGCCCCAGGCAGCCCCCUUCCUUACAGUGGCUGCCCCACCCAUCCACCCCAACCUCCGGAGACCAACAGGCCGAAAGCCCCAGGCCACCAGUCACUAAACGCCAUAGGAAGCUGCUGUUAAAGAGCGGUUCUGUAAUUCCUGGUGGUGCCCCCCCUGCUGAGGAGGACCGUAAGUUACAGGGCAUGGCUCAUACCCAAGUGUCCCGCCACCACCUGCUGAGGGAGGUCUGCACCAAAUACCAGCCGGGCGUCACCGAGCACCCCAUAUCCAGCCGGCAGGUGUCCCGGGUCUACGUGGAGGAUAGGUCAGGCCUGCUGUACUGUGAGGUGCCCAAAGCUGGCUGCUCCAACUGGAAGCGGGUGCUGAUGGUCCUGGGAGGCAGUGCCACCUCCACGCAUGGCAUCGCCCACGACGACGCCCACUAUGCCAGCCAGCUCCGCCGACUGGACACCUACAGCCAGGCGGGCGUGGCAGAGCGCCUCCGCUCCUACACCAAGGUCCUCUUCGUACGGGAGCCCUUCGAGAGGCUGGUGUCGGCCUUCCGCGACAAGUUCGAGAGCCCCAACUCGUACUACCACCCGGUGUUUGGCCGGCCCAUCAUCUCCCGGUACCGGGCCAACGCCUCGCUCUCUGCCCUGAGGACCGGCGCCGGCGUCACCUUCAGGGAGUUUGUCCAGUACCUGUUGGAUGUGAGGCGACCCGUGGGCAUGGACAUCCACUGGACGCCGGUCAGCCAGCUCUGCAGCCCCUGCCUGCUGCACUACGACUUCAUCGGGAAAUUCGAGAGCCUGAAGGAGGAGGCCAACUUCCUGCUGCGGAGUAUCGGGGCACCUAGCAACCUCACUUUCCCUGACUUUAAAGACAGGAACCCCAAAGCAGAAAGGACUUCCUACACCAUUACCCAGAGAUAUUUUGAACAGUUGAACACCACGGAGAGACAGAGGGCCUAUGACUUUUAUUACAUGGAUUAUCUGAUGUUUAAAUACCCCAAACCCUAUAAAGACCUGUACUGAAGUAGUGGCUGGAUUGACAUGUUU